GCAGGUUGCAAGUUUAGCAUCUGUUAGCAGUGAGAGAAUUCCAGGGUAAACCAAAGAGCUUCGGUCCUGGAUUCAGACAUGGCCUCUACCAUCACACCUCGAGAAUGUAAACUUUCCAAACAAGAUGGGCAAAGUUAUGGCUUCUUCCUCCGGAUUGAGAAAGACACCGAGGGUCACCUGGUUCGUGUGGUAGAACAGGGUAGCCCAGCUGAGAAAGGAGGCCUCAAAGAUGGCGACCGGGUUCUCAGUAUUAAUGGGGUGUUUGUGGACAAAGAAGAACACUUGAAGGUUGUGGAUCUGGUCAAGAAAAGUGGGAAUUCAGUGACAUUCCUAGUUCUGGAUGGUGUGUCUUAUGAACAAGCAGUAAAAAAAGGGAUGAACCUGAAGGAACUGAAUCAGAAAGACAAGGAAUCACCCCCAUCGAUGAAUGGUGUAGCGGGUGCAGGGAGCCAGCCCCGGCUCUGUUACCUGGUGAAGGAGGGAAGCUCUUAUGGCUUCUCUCUGAAAACUGUCCAAGGUAAAAAGGGAGUGUACAUGACUGACUUGAUUCCCCAAGGUGUGGCUUCAAAGGCUGGUGUACAAUCUGAAGACCGUCUGAUUGAAGUGAAUGGGGAGAAUGUGGAAAAUGCUAGCCAUGAAGAGGUGGUUGAAAAGGUGAAGAAAGCUGGAAGCCAAAUUAUGUUUUUGCUGAUAGACAAGGACAUGGACAAGUACUACAACGAACAUAAGAUAAAAGUCAAAAGAGAGACAGCCAGUCUGAUGAUGCUUCCUCACAAGCCCCGGAUUGUGGACAUGAUGAAGGGAAGAGGUGGCUAUGGAUUUUACUUGAGAGUAGGCCCGGGGCAGAAAGGUCAGAUCAUCAAAGACAUAGAUUCUGGAAGCCCAGCAGAAGCGGCUGGUCUGAAGAAUAAUGAUCUGCUCAUCGCUGUUAAUGGAGAAUCAGUGGAAUUUCUGGAUCAUGACAGUGUGGUGGAGAAGAUUAAAAAAGGUGGAGAUCAGACCUCACUCCUGGUGGUAGACAAGGAGACGGACGCCAUGUAUAAACUGGCUCAGUUUUCUCCAUUUCUCUACUACCUUCAAAAUCAAGCACUUCCUAAUGGUGCCAUCAAGGAGGCUCCUGCUGCUCCUUCUCCCGUGGCCUCGAGCCCUGCUCCCCCGGAGGAAGUGGUGACUCACAAGCCCAAGCUCUGCCGUCUGGUCAAAGGCCAGGAGGGCUACGGCUUCCACUUAAACGCUGUUCGAGAUCAGCCUGGAUGCUUCAUCAAAGAGGUACAGAAGGGCAGCCCUGCUGACCUCGCUGGUCUAGAAGAUGAUGACUACAUCAUUGAAGUGAAUGGAGUGAAUGUGAUGGAUGAACCUUAUGAGGGGGUGGUGGAAAAAAUCCAGAACAGUGGAAAAAGUGUCAGUCUAUUGGUCUGUGGAAAGAAGGCCUACACUUACUUUCAGGCUAAGAAAAUACCGAUUAGUUCCUCGAUGGCAGAUCCAUUAGAGAACUCCCCUGAUUCUCCUGAGGAGCCACCAGCCGAGGCAGAGAGAGACUCAUCCACGCCAAAAGAACGAGCUGACAGCAUAUCCUCUCAUUCUACCAGCUCUGAAGACACUGAACUAUGAUAACACCAAUCUCUGGCUUUGACUAGAAUAUGUCUCUUGGAAUUUGAUAGGAAUAAUUCUCUCCCAAAGAACAAGCUGUCACCCAUUGCGUAGAAAGUAACUCUACAGGAAAGGACUCCAUGUGAACCUGUCCCCAUCUUAGGGACAGCUGCUGUAGAGAGCCAGUUUGUUUGUGGUUAAGUUAGAAAAUGAGAACCCAUGAGGCACUUCAUCCCCACAAUCUCUCUCUUGUUAUCAUUUGAGACAGAGAGUAGUUAGGUGUCUCAGCACAGGCCAGUGCCUCUCAAGCACUAAAGGUGAUUCACAAUUAGUAGGGGAGGCAGUUGCUUUAUUAGAUUUAUGAAAUCCGAUCAGAUCAGCCUUUCUUAGAAAUAGUGUGCUACCAACUCUAAGUGCUAUGAAGAAUAAACAUCAACAGUACUUUUAUGGCAA